UCACCUCAAGGUCAAUGUUUCCCUCUGGAAUGCCGUCAUGGGAGAGUUUAAAUGUCCACAGUCCAAGGCUGUGUUCCAACACUACUUCCCGUGCCCUCGUUCCUAUUGCUUUUUCACUAUAGCCUCGAGGAGUCGAGGGCUUGCAAGUUGGUCGUUGAGCGGUGAGGGGAGCAGGAGCGUGGAUACGAGACUGACGAGCUGCUAUAGCGUCUUUCAGUUCUAAUGUUGGAGUCUCUGAAGUCUCUGAGCUCUGAAGCACUUCCUGCGUAGGGGACACUGAUGUGUCCUCGGACCAUAAGCGUCCCAGCCCGGGCUGCUGGGCUGGCUGCUUCUCUCGCUCACCAUGUGUUGGGACAGUGUGUGCAAUGGGGAUGGAGGAAGACAUGGGGAGAUUUAGGAAGUCGAUCCACGUAGAUGCUAAGGUCAGGGCACCGCUGAAGGCAGCGACAGUGAAACUUUUCUCUUAUGAAAUGAAUCACUGCUUUAUUGUAGUGCCAGAAGUUAUUGAAACCCCUUUCGUCUGUCUGGUGGGCCCAAUUAAUAAUUGGAAUAGAGACAAAGAAGGUCUGUAGAAGGUCCAAGUAAUGCAGCGUUUAAAUACAUGAGUCGUAUCGUCUGAAUCCAAGACCACAGUAACUGCACGUACAGUGUGUGUGUGUGUGUGUGUGUGUGUGUGUGUGUGUGUGUGUGUGUGUGUGUGUGUGUGUGUGUGUGUGUGCCCGUGGUUAGUCAGUCAUUCCGACCGGUCGGCUUGUGCACACACUGUCGCUGGGUCAACCAAUCAUUGGCUAACGGCAGUGCCUCAUCAACAUUCCAUCAGGCGAGCCCUGAUAUUCCCAUCAGAUUUCACCCAAAGGAAAUUGCAGUGCGUUCCGCUCGCCCGGCUUCCCGUCACUCUCACCAGACUGUGGCUCUUUGAACCGGGGCCACCGUCUUGACUGAGCGGCUGAUGGAUGAGCGAGAGCGUUCUGGCAACGGCGCUCCGUGCUGUACCGGGUAGAGUGCCAGUCGGUAAUGAUAGCCCGGGACAAUAUUGACACGCUGGUGCUGAGCGAUCGCUCUCGCUUUCUCAGGCAAAUUAUACCCAGCGAUAUCGAUCUGAUCUGGAGGGGGGCGCUUGUCGCCCGGUGCUGCGAGUGAUAAAGUGGCGCGUACAGUAUCGUGUGAGGGCCUUGGGUUGUGUAUUCAGCACGAGCCAACGAAUGGGAUUCAAACUGAACAGUGACUGAGUGGAAAGGCUCUGUGGAAUUACAACAGCACUAGCCCCACACACUCUCUACAUACCCCCCCCCCCCCCCCCCCUCCCCCCCGGCUACGAGCGUAAACACAGACACGUACACAUGGCCCAGACACAGAUGGCUCACACUCCCUCCACCCCCACCUCCACCUUUUCCAACGACCAGAUCCCCUUCUGUGUUCUAGUGGUUUACCACCCAUGUGUUGAAACUGCCACCUUAACUUGGACUUGGCUCUUGGUCUGUCUUGGCGGUUGGCUGGGGGGAGGAGGAGAAGGUGGAGGAGGAGGGGGAGCCGGUGGAGGCGGAGAAGGUGAUGGAGGGACUGCAGCCAGCACCGCUGGACUGGCAGUAGCUCUGCGCCGCGAAAGCAUCGCUAAUUUGGCCAGGAGGCUAAUCUAUCAGAUUAAAAUGUGAGCACAACCCAGAAAUAGGCCUCAGAGAACAGAUAAAAGACUCUUAUCUGAUAGGAUACUUCCUGCUCUUUCUUCACGCUCACACAUUUAAGCACAGUUUAUACUAGGCGCCAUUUAAAAUAAAUGAGCUCUAUGUUCUUAUUUGUGGACAUGACAGUGAAGACGGAGGUUAAAGUGGGGUUGAAAGAGGGGGCAUGACGUUUCGCAUGGGACAGCAGGUCAGACUCCAACCCAGAUCCCCUGCCAGGCGUGGUGCCUCUGUGUGGUUAGCGUGUUAGCAGGUUAGCAGACCCUGACCUGGGUACAUAGCCAGAGGAACAACGGGGGACUCUUAUAACCGACAGACUACACUGAAAGUAUCCCUCAAGUGUUGUUGGUCAAAGAGGGAACCCGCCUGAUGAUUGACACACGUGCAGGUGGGGUUAUGUGUGCGUGUAUGUGUGUACGCCUUGGCCAUGCAUGCACCCAUCUGUGCCGUGCAGGUGAAAGGUCACUUUUUGUUUGCAUGCCCCUGCCUGGAGGGAGGCGUUGCAGAGAGCUGGUGAAAUUGACUAGAAGUCUGAUGUUGAUCGUCCCACCUUAAAUGGGCACAAGAACACAACCUUCUGGUCAAUGCGUAUGGUUCCCUCUGCACUGGAGAUUUGGACAAAUCUGGGGUGGUUCAUUAUCAACAUUAUUGGUCUGAAUAAUACCUAGUACUUCUUUGUCCUCAAACAUGUGGGUGUGUGUGUGGGUGUGGUUGUGUUCAGAACCAAGCAAAAGAAAAUCCAGAUAUUUGUUUAGGAAAGGCAUGUGCUCAACAUAUACAAAGCGAAUGUCUCGCUACCCAGGUUGAUGGAAAUGCAUGCACCGAUUUAGUUUCUGUUUAUCUUUUUAUAGGAACUGAUGAUCGCACACUUUAUUUUCCAAGCGUGCUUCUCACCAAAGCCCUCUAGAUGUUGUUGGUGUUUUUUUUUUGCGUGCUUUGUUUUGUGCACGCAGCGGUCCUGUUGUGCUCGGCUCUGAUUGGCCGACGGUGCUGCUGACUCAGGCGUCUGUCCUGACGUCAGGCAGCUCCAGGAGCUAGCGGCCCAGCCCUCCCCAUGCCCUCCCUUUUUCCCCUCCCCUGUGUCUGGCUGUGUGCAUGUGUGUACGCAGACACCCUCCGUAGGCACACCAAGAGACACUGAGAGACCGGGGCGGGAGAGAGCGAAGAAGAGAGAAACAGAAGUGGAAGCCAGAGGAAAAUCGGGGCAUUGUUUUUUGUGCCGUUGAUAUCCUGGCCAGGGUGUGUAGCGCGGCGGUCCAGCGGGCGCUCCGGUUGCACUCCAUCCAGACUGAACACCACAGGACUGUAGAGCAGCAGACACGCUGUGUUAGCUGAGAGCCGGCUCCUCUAGCAGCCAGUGGUAUGAGGCUAAAGCGCUGUGCUUUGGCGAGCGAGUUGUAAGGGAGGAGGUCGAGCGAGGGAGCGAUGGCUUGCGUGGAGAUGGUAACACCUGUCGACCUGACCAGCAGGUUCAGCUCCGUCCUGCAGCUGAGGCUCCAGCAGAGACGGACCAGAGAGCAGCUGGUGGACCAGGGCAUCAUGCCGCCCCUCAAGAGCCCAGCUGCUUUCCAUGGGCAGAUACGCAGCUUGGAAAGAGCAAGGACGGAGAACUUCCUCAAACACAAGAUCCGCAGCCGACCGGAGAGAGCAGAGCUGGUCCGCAUGCACAUCCUCCAGGAGACGGGGGCGGAGCCCUCGCUGCAGGCCACCCAGAUGAGGCUGAAGAGAGCCCGGCUGGCCGACAACCUCAACGAGAAGAUCGCCCAGCGCCCCGGGCCCAUGGAGCUGGUGGAGAAGAACAUCCUGCCCGUGGACGACAGCGUCAAGGAGGCCAUCAUCGUAGGCCAGGUCAACUACCCCAAGGUGCUGGAGGACGACAGCGGGGACGCCAUGUCCCCAGAGACCCCGGCCAGCCAGGAGUCCCAGAGCUCCGCCCCCUCGCCCCCAGAGACCCGGCCCCCAGAGACCCCCACCCAGGCCCCAGCUCCAACACCACCACCACCACCCCCGCCCCCGCCGCCGCCACCCCAGACCCCGCAGCCCGUCACAGUUGUUUCCCAAGCGGUGGCAGACUUCAUGAAGGCAUUCUCCACCAACGAGCAGCAGACUAUUGGCCAAGCAAUUCCUCCUGCACAGCCAAUCACCACUGUUCUCCCCUCGAAGCCCGGCCCGACGCUCAUCAAACAAAGCCAGCCAAAGCUGCCGUCGGAGAGGAGCCGCAGUAAGAAGGGCAAAGAGGCCAAGUCGCGGGUGAGGAAGCUCAAGUACCACCAGUACGUUCCCCCCGACCAGAAGCUGGAGGCCAGCGAGGCGCCCAUGGACUCCUCCUACGCACGGCUCCUCCAGCAGCAGCAGCUCUUCCUCCAGCUGCAGAUCCUCAGCCAGCAACAGCAGCGCUACAACUACCAGACCAUACUGCCUGCUCCCCUCAAACCAGUGGGCGAGGGUCAGGGCGGCACCUCCAUCGUGGUGUCCCUCCCGGCCGCGCCCAUGCCCCAGACCUCGCCCCCUCCCCCCCAGGGGGCCCAGACCCCGGCCCGGCUGUGCGGCUCCCUGUCCAACCGCAAGCCCGGCGUGCUGCCCGCCAACCUGGAGGAGAUGAAGGUGGCCGAGUUAAAGAUGGAGCUGAAACUACGUGGGCUCCCUGUGUCCGGAACGAAGACCGACCUGAUGGAGCGGUUGAAGCCCUUCCAGGACAACCACGGCACCUCGACCCACAACGCCACCCCUAUGGAGCUGAGCAACGGCGGCCUCGCGGGACGCCUACCUGUCCAGCAGAGGGCCCUGGAUGGCACCGGCUCCACCCCUCCAGUCUCCCCCCUCUGCAGCGAGCUCUCCAUGCUCCAGCAGGACCUGGCCAGGUCCAGGGCGUCCUCCGACCCCCAGGAGGUGAGCCCCGGGCGGGGAGGCCUGGUGUGGGCCCACCCGGGCCAGGCUCCGGUCCCGGAGGAGAAGGACCGCCGGCUCCACGAGAAGGAGCGGCAGAUCGAGGAGCUGAUGAGGAAGCUGGAGCAGGAGCAGCGGCUGGUGGAGGAGCUCAAGAUGCAGCUGCAGGUGGAGAAGAGGAGCCAGGACACGCCCUCCUCCGUCAGCUCCCCCUUCCCCUCCGCCCCUACCACCACCACCACCGCCGCCGCGCCCGCCCUCCUCAACUCCAACCUGGUCAAAAUGGAGGGCCGACUCCCGGCCAACUGCUCGUCCACUAACUCCAUCCUGGGCCCCUCGGCGCCCCCCAACCAGCGGGCCCCCGUGGUGAAGCUGGAGGACGUCACCGUGGCCUCGGGGAGGCCGGUCCACCCCCAGGCCCAGUCCCAGAUGAUCCCCCAGGUGCAGCUCUUCUCCCAGAUCCAGCGCCAAGGAGGCCCCGGCCCCCGCUUGGUCUCGCAGUCCCAGCGGAGCCCCAACGGCCAGCAGCAGCAGCAGCAGCAGCAGCAGCAGCAGCCGGCCCCCAGCCUGCAGCAGUUCUUCAUCAGCCACCAGGGCACCGUGUCCCAGGUCCUGGGGCAGCCCCAGACCCUGCUGACCGCCGGGAGCCAACCCACGACACAGAUCCUCCUGCCCGUCUCUCUGCCCGGUAACACCACCGCGUCCACCACCACCAUCCAGCUGCCCACCUCCUCUGUGAGCCUACAGCCCGUGCUCCAGCACACGAUGUCCAACCCAGCCCCCGGUCUGGUGCGGGCCUCGCUCGGCCCGAUGGAGACGAGCCAGCCGAGCCAGCAGCUGACCAGUCACACCCCUCUGAUGCAGACCCUGACGAUGUGCAACAACACUCCCACGGGCCUGGAGACGCAGAAUAGGCCGGAGGCGAAUCCCCAGUGUUUCCUGAGUCGUUCCCCGGAGAAUAGGGUUUCCCCGCGGGCUUCUCCCAACCACAGCCUCCCCAACGGAGGCCUCAACAAGUGUCCCUCUCCGUUCCAGCAAACCAUAAUCCUGAGCCCCACAUCGCAGGUCGUCCAGCCCCCAAAGAACAAGGAGCCCCCCAGAUACGAGGACGCCAUCAAACAGAGCCGCAAUCAGCAUCUGAACAACAUCUCACAGGUUCCCACAGCAACCAGCCAGCAGAUGGACGACUUGUUCGAUAUCCUGAUAGAAAGUGGGGAGAUAACCCCCUUCAUCCAGCACGACCCCCACGCCGCCCUCCCCAAGAGCCUGCCGGUCACGGCCACUGUCACCACCCUGCCGGUGAACACCGCCUUCUCCAGACCCCCGCCCCACAUCCAGGUGGCCCCCCCGCCGGCCCUCAGCCCGUCCCCCGACCCCAGCCUCUCCUCCCUGGCCUCGGACCGCCAGCUGGAGGCCUUCCUGGAGCGCACCCUGGGCGGCACCUCCCCGGUGUCGGACCCCCGCACCCUGGGCCUGAUGGAGGAGCUGCAGGCGCAGCUGAUGGAGCAGCAGCAGCAGCAGCAGCACCACCCCUACUCCCCCAUGGACACGUCGGAGCUGUCCUUCUGCGACUCGUCCCCGUCCUCGCUCAACAUGGGCCUGUCCGACCCGGCCCUGGACAACAUGGAGUGGCUGGACCUCACCAUGCCCCCGGGGCCCGCCGGGGCGCUGACCCCUCUGGGGAUGCCCUCAGACUUCCUGGACACCCAGGACCUGCAGCUGCAUUGGGAAUAGAUGGGAGAAGGAUGGACUACGCCCGGGAGAAGGAUGGACUACGCCCGGGAGAAUGACGGACUACGCCCGGGAGAAGGAUGGACUACGCCCGGGAGAAGGAUGGACUACGCCCGGGAGAAUGACGGACGGACCGCGGAGGAGGCUAGUGAGGGGAUGCCCACCGAUGGCCAUUCCAGUGAGGGUAUUGUGAUGACAACGGUAGCUUCUCAGAGAGAGGACGCUGAGCUUGUCCGAGGGCCGUAGCGCUUGUCGAGGAGUUGCUCCCUCCCAUUCGAAUUGUUCACAAGUUUUCACGACGGCCAAUUCGGCCAGCAGAAGUCGAAGCUAUGUUGAUCAUAGCGCUACCUUUCUGUUAUCAAAGAGUCCAUUUAUAAUAGCACUUGAUCAAAGUUGAGAAUGUCACAUUGGGCUUUAUAAGUCAGCAUUAACCUGGGUAACCUGUAGACCACAACCUUGAGCACAGGGUUAAACGGUAGACCAGACCGGGCCGUGCGAACAUUAGGUAUACAGAGACUUUUUGGUGUGGGUGUGUGCAUGUAAAUACGGCAUAGCGCGUUUGGCGAGGGUAAUUGGGGGAGAGGUUUUUUUCCUCGGUUCUUCAGAUAUCCUUAGCUCAGCUUUCCGCUGGACACACACACACACACACACGCACAGGCACACACACGAGACCCUGACCAGACAACUCUCAGCGUUGGCUUGGCGACGUACCCUUUAGGUAGAGAUCGGCAGCCUAUGCUGUCGAUUGAGGCAUUCUGUGCCAAACUAGGUUAGGUGCUGUCAGUGAUUCUCUGGCCCGGUUUACCCAGUGUUAGGCCGGGCCCAUUGACGUCUUAGACCAGGACCAGGUUGCUUUAGGAUCUCUGUCGUUGUCAAUACUUUAAAAUGACAAAAGCAAAAGCUCACUUUCUUCCAUUUACUGCAUCUGAAUGCUCAGUACACACGCUUUAACAGCACUUAAUCCAGAAUAUACAACACAUGGGCCACCUAGCGUGUGGCCAGAAUAGUCUGCGAUAUGACGCCGGCACCAUACGAGUGACGUCUUGUCAAGCCGUUCCGGUGAAACCGCAGAACCAAUGAACAACGAGUCGUCAGACGACAGUGGGUCGGAGGCUCCUCCCACUCAGUGAGAGACACUAUGCACUAAAGAGGCGGGGCAAGCUAUCGCCAACCUCGCCUCCACAUCCAAAAGGAAAUGUGAACUUGGCGCCGAGCCGACCGCGGCGGAUCGGCACCCCGGAACAAAACGACGACCACGGUCACCACGGCGAUCAGCCCUGGUGAUCGCCCGAAGCCCUGAACGCCUGAAUGUAACCUCUGAGAUGUUAAGGAGGACUAAAGCAAGACGCUUGUCACACAUCUGGCUUCUCAUUCGUUUUCCCUGGCGAUUGAAACUAAAACCGACCACAGCGACUAAGGGAACGAGUACCGACACAUCAACACAUGCACAGCCGACUGAAGUGCAUGUGUGCUGCUGUCACACCCUUAUGAGGUGUCUGAAGACUUUACAGAGAGGUGCUACUUGUUCAUCUAUAUAUAUCUAUAUGUUUAUAGAUAUACACAUAUAGAUAUCUAUAUCUAUAUAUAAAUAUAAAUAUAUAUAUAUAGCUGUUGUAAAUAUCUCUCUGCACUUUUGUUUGCAUGUGGUUCAGAGUGGGAACUUGGCCACUGAGAUGGUAAAUGGUUUCACAUUGAGGGGCGGGUCUAUGAUGUCUGAGCUCCACCCGUCGUUGGUUGUCCUAUGUCGAGCCAAGUGGCAGAGGAGAGGAAUGUAGACUCGCCAGCCAAUAGAUAACUUUAAGAUUAAGAAGAUUCCUUCCUGCCCGUGUGUCUGUGUCUGCGUGUUUGUGUGAAGGAGAGAAAGAGGAAGAAUGUGGGCAAGCAAGCAUGUUUGUUUACACGUGUAAAUUUGUCUUUCUGUGUUUUUCUGCAUGUAUGUCCUGGCUCAAUUUCUCCAUGUGUACAAUUAUAUCUGUGUUAAAAAAUCUCAGACUAGUGUGAUCGAGCCACUUUCCCUCCAGCUGUCCGCUUCAAAUAUAUAUCUAGAGAACAAGGACAUGAACACGUGUUGACCUUUUGCUAUUGCUCGAUACUUUAACUUUUACUUUAAAGAAAAGGCUUUUGAUGACUGUUGAACCCGGGUUCGGUUUUAUAAAACGCAUCUUCUGUUUACUGCUUUGACACGGUGAAAUGUUUCUCUUGGAUAGAACGUACCUUUUUUAAAACGACCAUCUUUUUGAUAUCUCACUACCUUUCGAUUGAUACACACUUGCUGUACAGUGCUUUGGAAUCCAAGGAGUUUUUAUUAUUAUUGAUCUAAUUUGUUAAGGCCGUUCUCUUCACUAGUGCUGCUUCUAGGUCCACUUCAUUAGAUCUAUGACGGAGGGCUUUGGGUGUCGCUGAUUGUUCAUUACGAAAGCCAAUUUAUUUUGUGGAGAUAUAUGUAUAUAUAUAUAUAUAUAUAUAUAUAUAUAUAUAUUAAUAUGUAUAUAUAUAUUAAUAUGUAUAUAUAUAUAAUUUCUGAAAACCCUUUAAGAAAAUAUUUAAUUUAGUCCUGACAACAUGAUACGUUUUGCUGCUCACUUCGGCAAUAAUCUUGCGCCUUAGCAAAGACAGUGUCAGGAGACAGUUUUUCAAAGCUAUAAGGGUCAUGCAAAAAAUAUAGCAUAGGGGUGUUCUCUAUGCUAGAGAGUAAUAACGUGAUAAGGAAUAAUAUCAAUGGCAUGAAGAGAUUCUCUUCUUGUCUUUUCAUCACCCAGCAUCGAUUACUGCAACUGCUCGAAUAUCUGCAAAAGUUUUGGGAAUUGUUUGAUUCAUAGAGUGUUUGUUUCAGCCUGUGUUGUUUUUUAUAGAUUUACUUUUCAAAUGAUCAACACAAUCUUCACGCAUCCUGUUCAGCAGUGCAAUGACUGUUGUUAGUCAUUUAUAGUUUGUCAAUUAUUCAAUAUUGAAAUGGUGGAUCAUUCCACAGAUGUGUGAUGUCAUGGUGGUUAAUAGUUGUCUCGUUAAGGUUAAAGCUGCACUUUAAGGAACACAACAGAAGCAGGAGGUGUGUGUGUGUGUGUGUGUGUGUGUGUGUGUGUGUGUGUGUGUCAGCAUGUGCGUGUGCAUGCGUGUUCACCCAUCUGUACAGGUCUAUUUAUGUUUGUGUGUGCCCGCAGUCAAAGAAAAUGCCAAAUACUGCACAUAUAGUACAUCAUGUACUUCCAAAAAUUAUCAUGACUAAAUAUUAUUACAGUGGUGCACUUGUUAUGUUUUUGUUGAUUAUAUUCAACCAAGUAGGAUAGACAGAAAAUGUCAGUACUUUUGUAGACAUGACUUUACAACAUAGGACUAUGUUUUUGACAUUUGCUCUGCUAUCUUUAGGGCUUUAUGAACACACAUCCUUUUGUUGCCAAAAAUGGCAGAGGAACACUGAAUAUAUGGUUGCAUUGAUUAUAUAUUGUCACAUUGAAUAUAUUGUUAUUCUAUUGAUCACUUUUUUUUGCUGAAUGUCAUGGUUUCAUUGUUUCGUUUAUUUCUAUUUAUCACUUUUUUGGGAAUAAGUGUGUAGAAGAUCAACACUGUUUAAUCUUUUUUAAGAAGUUCUGCAAAAAUAAUUUGCAUUUAAGAGAAAUGUAAUUGUAAUUUGAAGUUGUUUUUUGUUAACCUUUCAUAUCAGAUUUCCUCUGAAUCCACGGCAGCCAUGCUUUAGGUUUAUAGAGACGUGCUGUGCAUGAUGCUAUAGGUUUUUUUUGUUUUUUUAAUCGUGUGACACCACUUCCCAUUGGCCACAGGUUGUAGGAGGUUAUCAUUGAUUGGCCAGAGACACAGCUCAACGCAAUACUCCCAGCUGAUCUCCUGAUAUACCGUACUGUAUGUCCGAUCCUGAUUAUCAAUGCAAGAUCCUUUACAAAGUCAUACAUAAUGUUAACGGCUGUUCUGGUUAUAGCACUUCAUAUCUUAGUCUUGUCAUGGCAGGGCUUCUAUUUUGGUCGAUGUGAUGUAGGGUUAUUUGGGUAAUUUAAAUGCUUUACAGAAAUGUAGUCAGUUUGCAUAAACCGUGUUAGACCGCGAUUUUACAAAAAGACUAAAUUGUGACACUAUGUUGCGUAGUUUAGCAUAGAGAAAAAGGUUUACGAAGAACCACAUGGUUCAGGAUAUGGCACAUGGAGCCCUGGUGGCUCUUGAUUGGGCCCUGGUUUAAUAUGAAUCAAUAAUGGAAAAUAUUUUUCUUUAAAGCGCCACUGGACAGUCUUAGCCAGGCAGCAUUGAUGUUUCUAGCUCCUUGAGAUCGGUUUAGAAGCACUUAAAACCGUGCGUGUUCUCCGACCAGGGUGCAACCCUGACCCCGCCCCUUCCCGAUGUCACCACUCUCUCGACCUCUAUGCCCCGCCCUUCAUCGCCGUCCAACACCCAUAUCUAUCCCAAGAGUUUCUACUGUGUCAGAGGCAGCAACAAUACAAUCCACAAUGUCUGUUCCCUUUACUCAAACGCUUUUCUAUUACAGUGCAGUGCUGUUCUGUUAUGGCGCAGUGCUGUUCUAUUACAGUGCAGAACUGUACUAACACAUUACAGCCCUGCUAUACGUGACAGUUGGACAGACGGGUCAUCACGGCCUUUCAUCUCCCUGUCAGUUGGUUUUUGUAAGGGUUAGUGUGAGUCCACCUUCUGUUGGCUCUCACCCAUUGGCUCUCCCCCCGAUACUCCCCCCACACCCCUUGCUAUGCCUUGUGUUGUGUGUAUGCCAUAUGUUUUGCACAUUGUGUACAUAUUUAUAUAGAUGUAAUGCAUAUUUUUCUACAUGUGUAACACAUUUUGUAAAUAGUACUCGAGAUGUGUAUAUAAAUAAUGUUACUGUAUGCCUUUUAUGUUGUCAAUAAAACAAUUGGUGUACUGUGAA